CAUGACAAGCUACUCUAGCUGGCCUGUAGGUGGGUGUGUUGAACAGAAGGAAGCACUGGGAAUGAAUCUGUCAGCCAGUCUUACAGCUAAUUAGCUCAGCCUACAACAAAGAUAAGCAAGCCAGGGAGGAGGACCCCCUAAGGGUCUUUACAUUCUGGCCUAUGUCUGAUUGGCAGAUGUUAAAAGAGAUUUCUUAGCAAUCCACUGCAUCAAUGAGCUGUACCAAUUCGGCAGAGAAGUGGAGUAAGUCAGGCAUGAGGACAGUUUGUGCAGGCAACUUGAAGGACUCAGAACAAAAAUGGACAGGACUUUGGACUCUCUGCAGCUGCUAGUGACUCAGGUGCUGCCCCACAGUGACCCAACCAUAAUAUUCAAGGACUUGAAUGUGGUGGCAUUGCUUCAAGAAUUCUGGGAAAACAAAGAAAAAAGAAGAGCGGUUUUCCCCAGUGAAAGUCUGGUGGCUUAUGAAUCUGUCCCUUCCCCAGACCCUCCAUUUGUGUGCUAUGUGACCCUGCCUGGUGGCAGCUGUUUCGGAAACUUCCAAUGUUGUUUAAGCAGAGCAGAAGCCCGGAGAGAUGCAGCUAAAGUGGCUCUUCUCAACUCUCUCUUCAAUGAGUUGCCCUCUCGAAGGAUUACAAAAGAUUUCAUCGUGAAAAGCGUACAAGAGGCCCUCUCCUCUACUAGUGGAAACAUACAUGAUGCAGAAGAUCCAAGCACGAGUGUCGGGGCAUACCACUAUAUGCUGGAGACAAAUAUUGGCAAAACCAUGCUGGAAUUUCAGGAACUCAUGAUAGUCUUUCAACUUCUGCACUGGAAUGGAAGCCUUAAAGCCCUCAGAGAAACAAAGUGCUCCCGCCAGGAAGUCAUUGCCUACUACUCCCAAUAUUCCCUCGAUGAGCGAAUGCGAAGUCACAUGGCACUCGACUGGAUAAUGAAGGAAGAGGAGACGCCAGGAAUCAUAUCUCAAGAGCUUCAGCUGGCUUUGCGGGAACUGGAAGAAUCCAGAAAAGCAGGACGAGAGCUGCGGUUUUACAAAGAAAAGAAGGAAAUAUUGAGCUUAGCCCUUAGCCAUAUCUAUGGCGACUGCAUUACAUCAUCCAGAAUUCCUGAUCAAAUGGGCCUUACGUUAAAUGGUUAUCACUAGUCAAUUUGUUCCUUUCAUGGAAGGCUGGCUGAACAGAGACUAGAAACAUGUUCUGCAAACGCUUAUCCAUAAGGCCACCCAGCUUAAACAAUAAGGGAUCACUUUUAGACGUUUCUCUUUGAACUAUACAUUUGAAAGCAUGUUCUGUUUAGCUAACAAAUGCUUUAUAGCUCCGCAGCGUAAACUUGGAUUCAAAAAAAAAAAAUGCAAAGUUUGGCAUUUAGAGCCAAUUUUUUUUCUGCUUGGAUAGGGAAGAUAAGUGUCUCAGCUUGUCUUUUUAUUUAUUUAUAUGUAGCGUACCUUCUGAUUAAACAAUGAAUAAUACAGAUGUGGCCCGUUUAUGUACAUGGCAAUCAUGGGAUGCUUCUGCCAGUGAAGCGCAUUAAUUUGAUGGAACAGGGCUUUACCAUGUUGCCUUGAUCUUGGAUAGUGUAAUAAAAGAAAGGCUCUACAUCUGUCCUAUAUAUCUCCACCAUAAAAUAUAACAGAUGGAUUUAAUACCACUGUAGAAUGGUGUUAGACACAAUAUUUCAAAUAUUAACUCACAGCUGAAAACAUCAUCAAUAUUAAUCUAACGAGUGGAAUUUUUAAAAAAUCUUUUAUGUUACGGCAGGCACAAAUGGUGCACCAGCUGAUGACGGAUUAUCUGACUUUUUGUUUGUGUUUACCAGGCCACUUCAUGUUAUUAGAAGUGACACAAUGUAAAAUUCAACAUUUAAAUUUUGUGUUAAGUUUGCCAUUCGUCAAUAGAUGAAAACUAUGUUUGUUUGGUGACCUCCCCAAACAAGAAGAUCUUUGAAUGUAUGUAAAGCUUCCCAAAUAUGCCCACCUUAAUGUGAUGGGACACAGGGAUAUUUGUCGUUCAUGGUUAAAUCUUCGCUACAAUUUUCAAUUUUCUUUAAAAAACUUUGAAUUGAAUAACAUUACGAUCACCGCGAUAGCCAUAGAAAAUGACCUCCCUUCGCAAUUUCCCACGAUUAAUCCAGUUGGCCGUGAGUAUGAAGCUUUACUUUCAGCCAUCAUAAUGUUAUUCAAUGGAAAGGCUUUUUUUUUGUUGCCUGCAGAAGUGAAGAUUUAACCGCAAAACAAAUCUCCUUGUGUGUCAUGGCCCAUAAAGUGCCUGCUAUUGGGUUAAUCUGAUCAUUUGGUAAACCAAGCAAUUUGAUUACAACAACGGGAAUGAAAAGGGUGGACUCGCCAACUUAAAUCUACCCAUGUAUGCCCACCUUCUAAUUCAAGUUUUUUUUCUAAAUUCUGAUAGCAAAAAAUAAUAAUUAUUAUUAAACUAGACUGAGCAUUGGCUUCUACUUGAACAAUAGCAUAUUUAUGUACAAACUUGAAUUAGAAGACCUCAAUCAUAUUCACUUGUGGAAAAAACAUUAUAUUGUUCCAUUCAUUUUUACAUAACUCUUAAAAAGUAAAAUAGCUUGGAUGUUGUACAUAUAGCUUUGAUGCACUAGUACAGAAGUUUGCCUGGUUUUAAUGUUUUUCAUUUGAAUUUUUUAAAAAGUUGCAAACAUUUUAACAUCGAAAACUUAAAUUCCAAAUUUGUGAGUUUUUUUAAUCAUAAAAAAACAGUCUCAAAUUUUAAUAAAUAAGCUCCUUUAGUAUGAAUUUUUUGAGCCUUAAACUGAGACUAAUUUUUUUUUACCACUGUCAAGGAACAAUAUGAGCAGAGACUUUUGUAAAUGCUUCUUUCCUGCUAUCACCUAAUUUUGGGUUUAAAGUGUUUAAACUGUGGGGAUCUUCAAGAUAAACUAUUUAAAAGAGGGAUAGUUCACUUUUGUCCAAUUUCUUGUGGUCCAGGCUUUGGGGAGUUGAGGUGCCGGUUAUGAUAUAGCUGGAUGUCUGGAGUGAUUCUUUGAGUUUGUCAGGUGUAACUGAACGUAUAACAUGGCUUUAAAUUAAAAUUCUAAAAAUAUGGAUGUUUUGCUGAAAAACAGUAAAGUGCAAAUUGAUUACAUAUGUGGAUGUUGAUACUCCAAUGUUUCUACUCAGAAUGUGUAAUAUGACAGUGUACAGGGUGCAUCAUUAGGGAACGUUUUGCACCAUAAAGCACUAACAUUUAUUUCACCCCCUCCAAUACAAUACACCCCAGAACAACUAAUGCAACUGGCACCAGAUUCCUCUUACACUCCUUACCAGAUUUCCUUAGCAUUGGUUAUGUGUAAAGUUUUUCAAUAUUUAGCAAAGACAUGCUUGCAGAUUCACUUUUUAGAUUGUCAGCUCUCAGGGGCAGGAACCUCUUAGUUUAGUCUAGAUAAGCUUGCUGCACUUACUGUAUUUUUUGCACUUACUGAUCAGCCCUUGAUUCUGUUGGUUCAUUUGUUAGGCCUUGUUAGGCACAUAUUGGUAUUACAAGAAUAACAGCUUCCUUGUUUAUAGGUAUCCUUGCAUAUGUUCACUUUCUUUUAUUUCUAAUUUACCCUUUUUUCACUUUUCCAUUGAGAUAUAAAAAGUACAUGUGAUUUUUAAAAUCUAAAACAUUAUACUAAUAAAAUAUUUUUUUAGAAACAAA